ACAAAGUGUGCAGUAUUACUCGUAGAAUUUAUAAUUAUCAAAAACUUAAUCAAAAGAAACGCUUAUUCCUGCAAUGUUGCGGUCUUAUAAAUUGUAAUUACCCUUAAGGUAAAUCAUAAUUUUUCAGAAUCAGUAUAAAGUUAUUAAUGCUAUUGCUGGAUCUUCGUGUUGUUAGUGAUAGCUAUAAGUUUUUCCACAAUUGUAACUCGGAUAAAAUGGAUUAUCGUCAAAAGCAGCAGCAGCAGCAGCAGCAGCAGCAGCAGCAGCAGCAAGGCACAAAGAACGAUGACGAGGAUGAUGAAGAUUUAGAGGCAUUGCGAUUAGCAGCAUUACAGUCUUUAAGAACAAAAGCCACUAUACAUUACAAAAAGCAGUCCCCGCUACAAUUACAGAAGGUAAUGCCAGAAGUAAGGCAAACAUCUCGUCCGUUAUAUAAAAGUCAGCAACCGCAGAGAAGAGGAUAUUUUCCUAAUCAAUUACAACAACGCCAGAAUGGGAAUUUAUAUUAUCAGAGUCCACGUAAUCCAAACUUGAUCGCGAUAGUUCCUGUAGACGAACAUUCUCUACUUCAACAAACUGAUUUAGUUUGUACCGUAGACAAAAUUGGUCCACGCGUUGAAUCACAUUCAACAGAAAUAUCAAAGUUUCAUCGUUUUAAAGACAAUGGAAGUGGUUCUGACGAUGAAGAUAAUAAAGAUAAAAAAAAGACGAAUACAGAAAUGAAGAUGAUCGAGAAGGAUGGUGGGAAAAGUGAAACAGCUGCGAGAAUUGAAAAUCGAGUCGAAGCAACAGAAAAAUUGGAAAAAGCCGAGGAAAAGAAAGAAGACAUUAACGAUGACGACGACGAUAUACUUCUUAUGGCUGAUCUCGAAGAGGAGGACAGUUUGGAACGCUUAAUGGAUGAAAUGGAAAGAGAGAUGAACGUUGAUAAGCCGUCUGAUAGGAAGGAAAAAAGAAGUAAUAAAAAGGGAAACAAUGAUUCGAUAAAAAAAGAUGAAGUAAGCAAGAAUAUAAAUCAAAAAUACAAAACAGAAGACUGCAACAGUAGAAAGGAUUUUUAUAAUGCUGCUUCGACGGUGCCGCUUUUAAAAAACGAAAGACGGUCCAUGUCCCCUUACACCAAUCGAAUUUCGCAGAAACGUAGGUCGUUGUCACCCAGAUCACGAUCACGGAAAAAAUCACCUAGAAGAUCGCCUAGAAGAUCACCGAUUAGGCAGUCAAAAAAAUUUCAACGAGAAAUAACGAGGUACAGAUCGCCUCGAAAGUCUCCGGUACGAUAUUCUCCGCGUUCACGAUCACCCAAGCUUUCGCCACGAUCUAGAUCACCACAAUUAUCUCCGCGUAGAUCUCCCAACAAGUCUCCGAUGAGACGAUCACCUAUUAAAAAGUCAUCUCCGAGAGGAAGAUCGCCAAGACUUUCACCGCAUUCCAGAUCUCCUAGACCAAUACGUUCACCGAAAAAUUCAUCGACUAAAUCACCAAGAUUAACACGAUCCCACUCUCCGAAAUUUUCACCGCUUCGAUUAUCUCCUCCAUCAAAAUCUCCCUUAAGAUCAAGAUCAUCGAAAUUAUCUCCAAGACGAAUAUCACCAUCCCGCAGAUCAUCGCCGAAAUCGAAAUCACCUGGGCAGUCUCCUCGAAGAGGGGUUUCACGUUUGUUGUCGCCAAAAGCAUCUCCGCGAAGAAUUUCAUCGCGGUCCAGAUCACCGAAAUUAUCGCCGCAUAGAUCACCUUGGUCGUCUCCAAGAAAUUCUCCUCGUCUUUCUCCUAGACGUAGAAGAUCCCCAAGGUGGUCACCCAAGGAAUUAUUUCGAAAGCAUGGGCUACGAUCAGUCACUCCGGAUGAUACAGGAAGCCCGUUAUAUGUCAAAGAAUCAUCUCCGAUGCUUAAAGGUAGAAUAUCGCCACAGACAAAUCGUAUUAAAAUGAAACAAAAAGAAGAGAAUUUUGAGAAAACUACCGUGACGAAUAAAGAGUCUACCGACACGAUCAAUGAUCCUAUAUUAGAAGCCAGGCGAAGAAAAUUUGAAUCUACGAGGCCUAUAGAUCCUAUAAAUGCGAAUAAGAAAAUUAAAUUAAGUAAACAAGAAAAUACGAAUAAGAAGGCGGAGUGUCUGGAAAGCGGAGAUGCCCAAUCAGGGAAUACACGAAAGGUUAACAAGCUUGCAGAGAACUAUGAUGUUAUUCAAGAAACAGGUUUAUGUUUAGAUACUAAAUAUAAGUUUGAAGAAUUUGAAGAAACUGUAGAAAAUACGUCUCCCAUUGCUAUUACAAGUUCUGUUAAUUCCUGUGUUGAUUUAGAACCACAAAAAGUAGAGAAAGAGAGAUCCUCAAAAAAGAAUAAAAAGCGAGAUAAGGAGUUGUAUCAAGUAGGAAAAUUAAAAAAUGAACUUCCUCUCUCUGAACGCAUUGGAAAAGAAAAAAAGUGUAAAAAACGCAAAGAUGUUCUUUCGGAUGGACCGAGCGAAGAUAUGGAUGUAAUUCUCGAGGACAUAGCAGUCGACGAAGAAAGUGACUUGAGAACCGAAUUAAGUAGGAGACGAGCCGAGAGAUUAAACAGGACAGCCCCGAUUCAGUCGGCAAGAUUAGUGCAGUCUGCUUUUAAAGGCGUCGUCAACGAAGUUGUGAAAAGUAAUGCAAAAGCAAAUCAAAGACAUUUAAUGAAAGCAGAUGAAAAAUCUGCUAAUCAAAAAGAAGUUCGGAGAGUUACUGUCCUUCGUCGUUCUAUACCCGAGUUACAUGAUUCAGAAGAUGAAAGUGCUUCAGACUCGAAGGUGCCUGUGCGAUUUAGAUUGGGUCUUAACAAACAAGUGCAAGAUAGCAGAGAGUCGAAAGUUUCACGAAAAGCAUCUAAACGGCAAGGUCGCAAGGUAAAACAUAAAGUUAGUUUAACUUUAACAAAUAUUGAACAUAUUCUGUAAUAUAAAAGUUAUACCUUAUUGGGUGCAUAUGAUUAAAAUAUUCGAAUUCUUUUCGAAAAAAUAUUAGUUAUGAAUACAUUUGGCAUUAUAAUAUUUUAA